AUGGAGAGACGCCCGGACGAUGGAAGUUCUACCAUCAAUUCCAUCCUUGUUGACUGGAAUGGACCAAACGACCCAGAAUGUCCUCGAAACUGGCCAAAGAGCCGGAAAUGGCUCAACGUGCUUCUGAUAUCUCUUCAAGGGACUCUAUCCCCGAUCGCGUCAACAAUUUUAACUCUAGGUGUAUUCAACAUCGCAAACGAAUUCCGUCUAACGAGCCCAUAUACCCCAGCCCUCCCCAUUGCCUUCUACCUCGUGGGUCUCGCACUAGGACCCCUAGGCGUUGCACCAUGUUCGGAAAUAUUUGGCCGGCGUCCCGUCUAUACCAUCUGCUUUGCCAUCUUCACUCUCCUCAAUAUCGGCUGUGCAUUGGUACAUAACAUGGCCGGACUGGUUGUUCUACGCUUUCUAGCGGGCGUGGCUGGCUCCGCAGGGCCUAGCCUAGGCGGCAGCAGCAUCGGGGAUCUGUUUUCUCACGAGGAACGAGGCAAAGCUCAAGCGGUGUAUGGCUUGGGACCUAUAUGUGGCCCGGUUCUCGGAGGUGUUAUUGGUGGGUUUAUUGCGUACGGCACGCAUGGCUGGCGAUGGAUGAUGUGGGUGGUCGCUAUAGCCGCUGGUGUCGUUACCAGCAUCGCUGUUCUCUUCCAGAAGGAAACGUAUGCGCCGGUCUUGCUGCAACGUCGGAAGAGAGCCCUGGAAAAGGCCAACCCGGGGGUCACGUACCGGGUCGAGAUGGGCUCACACGCAUCACAGGUCUUCCGACAGUCUAUUCUGCGUCCUCUUCGACUUCUCUUCUUUUCACCCAUAUGCACGUUCAUGAGUCUCUACCUAGCAUUAGUAUUCGGCCUCCUCUACCUCCACAUGGUAACCAUUACCCUCCUCUUCGCCUCUCAACCCAAAUACAACCUCUACAGCUACAACUGGACACACGGAACCACAGGCCUCGCCUUCCUCGGCGCCGGCAUCGGCGCAUUCGCCGGUGUCGCUUUCUGUAUGAAAUACUCCAACCCAUCAUAUCGAUACUUCGCUGCCCGCUACGAGCAGAAAACCGGAAAGGCGACGCGCAUGCCCGAAUUCCGUCUACCGUUUAUGCAAGUUGGCAUGCUGAUCGUGCCCAUCGGUCUACUGAUUUUUGGAUGGACUGCAGAAUAUCAUGUCCACUGGAUCGUGACGCUCGUGGGCGCUGCUAUUCUGGGAUUGGGCAUGGUCACGGCGUAUAUCUGUGUGCAGUCGUAUUUGGUCGAUGCGUUUGAGGAGUACGCGGCUAGUGCGCUUGCUGCUGCUGUGGUGGCGAGGUUUAUUGUUGCGGCGGUAUUUUCGGUGGUUGGGUUUCAGCUGUAUCGGAGGUUGGGGUAUGGGUGGGGAUCGACGCUGUUGGCGUUCAUUUGUUUGGUGGCUGUUCCGAUCCCGUUUCUGUUGGGUCGGUAUGGACCUAGAUUGCGACGGAUGGGGACUGAGAUGGUUUAA